CAGUAGGCCAUCGGUUCGUUCUCUUCCACGUUGAUCUCUUACCCUAUGUCUCCCAAGGUGAACAAUGUCCAACUGAUAGUCCUUCACAGUCAGGGCUUGCACGCUUGCCUCAUCGUCGUCCUACAUCUAGGCUUGAUGCUUGUGUAGCUGUGCUGUCACAAGUGCCUGCUGUACUCCACAGUUGGCAAUCUACCGGGCGAAGGUUGAGAGCUGGUUCUCUUCACACCUUUCGAGUUCUCUGCAAGCCUCCUUUGCGCUCAGCGACUUUGCCUGCCUGCACCGCCCGACAAUCACUAUCGCUCCCCUCGGCCUUUAGAAGCAGUGUCGCCUGUGGCUCUUAUCCAGUCACAAACCCGGGGUAAUGGCGCUACCAUCACAACCUGCUGUGACUACAGAGGAACGGAGCUCUUCCGAGUGGUCGAGUUCCUCGCUGAAGGGUGGUCGAACAGCUCGCUUCGCAGAAGCAACCAUGAUUCACUCCCCUUCUAGUCCCGGAGAUAGCGGAAAGUCUCCUUUUGCCGACCCUCCCAGCAAUUCGCAGACGCCCCCUGACGUGUCUGACCUCGGCUUCGGCUAUGUAGCUGCGAGUGACCCUGCUAAGCAUGCCUCGCAUCACGAUAUUCCGGCCAAUGACCAGAAGGGUGCUCUCAAGGUUCCAGGAACACCAGGCCGGACUUUGAAUCCGUUGAGUCCAACGUUUCGAGAGGAAUUUUUCGUGGAGAAGCAAGAAAAGAUUACGGAAAAGGAAAACCAGAGAGACCUGCGUAUCAAGUUACGUGUUCGGGUAGCCAAGGUGUUCCUUCGUUUCAUCAACCUUGGCUGCAGUAUGAUUGUCCUUACCAUCCUGGGAACGACAUUGACUGUCUUCAACGCGACGAAGUCACUGCCUGAGCGAAACACUUCCCCUCCUUGGGAAUUUGGCACAAAUCCUUGGCCACAAUAUCUGCUUCUAGCCGUUUCAUGUCUCUCCUUGAUUGCCUGCCUUGGUGUCUUCUGGGGCUACUGGAGAGGGGGACGCAGACGUGCACAGAAAUAUGCGGCUUAUUACUCGCUCCUGUCGGUGUUCCUCUUCAUCUUCCAACUAGUCAUGUGGAUUGUUGCCGCCGCAAUCUUUGAACAUUCGAAGGCUACUGGAGACGACAAAGACCUAUGGGGCUGGGCUUGUGUCCAUAACGAGAGAGAACAACUAUUCAAAGACCAAAUCGACUACGCACUCCUCUGUCGUCUGCAGGACUGGGGAUUGGUCUGUGCCGUCAUUGAAAUCGUCCUUGAAGUCUUUGUCCUCGUAAUCUACGGUGUCAUUUUCUACCGCUUCUGGAGCAAGAGAAAGCUGGCCAGGUCGAUGGACCGUCGAGACAGAGCACGGACAGACCUGUACAUCGCUCAGCUCCGCCAGAACAUGGACCCCAACACGCCCGGAUUUCCCACCAUGCCCAAGGCUCCCUUCGUGUCAACCUCGAUUCCUCAAGACCAGUAUUCUGCUGCUGAGAACGGACAGAUGUGCACAACCCAGUUCGCCACUCCCCCGACUGAUUUCAAAAAGCAGUCGGCGUUCCAGCUUCAGCCGCCCCCGAUUAGGGUGCAGCAGGCAUCUCCACAACCGGUGCAGAGUGAAUUCCCACCGCCACCUGCACCGGCACCGGUUCCAAGCGCUCCUAACCAGCACAUGGGUGCAGCACCCGGCGAACGAACCUAUGAGUCUGUGCCCAUUCCCGGUGCUUAUGCCGGCCCUAUGAGUCCUAGCUUUCCGCACGGAACCCACCAGUAAAAUCCCUGACCGUUGCCUUGCUGGCUGGACAUAAGUCUAGAAGAGAAAAUAAGGAAAAGGAUCAUGUCUUUAAAUACUGACAC